AGUGGUGACAGCAGCCGUCACCAGCAGGUUCAAAGGAAGAGAGGUCAUUAGGUGAGGGUGCUUCUGCUGACCUUCUCAUACUGGUUUUCCCCCAGCGGUGGAGACACAGAGCACUAGCUCAGAGGAAAUGGUGCCCAGCUCUCCCUCGCCCCCACCACCACCUCGGGUCUAUAAGCCAUGCUUCGUAUGCAAUGACAAGUCCUCCGGCUACCACUACGGGGUCAGCUCAUGUGAAGGCUGCAAGGGCUUCUUCAGACGCAGCAUCCAGAAAAACAUGGUGUAUACAUGUCACCGCGACAAAAAUUGUAUCAUCAACAAGGUCACCAGGAAUCGCUGCCAGUACUGCCGGCUACAAAAGUGUUUCGAAGUGGGCAUGUCCAAGGAAGCUGUAAGGAAUGACCGAAACAAGAAGAAGAAAGAGGUGAAGGAAGAGGGUUCACCUGACAGCUACGAACUGAGUCCACAGUUAGAAGAGCUCAUCACCAAGGUCAGCAAAGCCCACCAGGAGACUUUCCCCUCGCUCUGCCAGCUGGGCAAGUACACCACGAACUCCAGUGCAGAUCACCGGGUACAGCUGGACCUGGGGCUGUGGGACAAGUUCAGCGAGCUGGCCACCAAGUGCAUCAUCAAGAUCGUGGAGUUUGCUAAGCGGUUGCCGGGUUUUACAGGACUCAGCAUUGCUGACCAGAUCACUCUGCUCAAGGCUGCCUGCCUGGACAUCCUAAUGCUGCGAAUCUGUACAAGGUACACCCCAGAGCAAGACACCAUGACGUUCUCGGAUGGGCUGACGCUGAACCGUACCCAGAUGCACAAUGCUGGCUUUGGGCCCCUUACAGAUCUCGUCUUUGCCUUUGCUGGGCAGCUCCUGCCUCUGGAGAUGGAUGACACGGAGACAGGACUGCUCAGUGCCAUCUGCCUUAUCUGUGGAGACCGCAUGGACUUGGAGGAACCUGAGAAGGUGGAUAAGCUGCAGGAGCCCUUGCUGGAAGCCCUGAGGCUUUAUGCCCGGCGACGGAGACCCAGCCAACCCUACAUGUUUCCAAGGAUGCUUAUGAAAAUCACCGACCUCCGGGGCAUCAGCACCAAGGGAGCAGAAAGGGCCAUUACCCUGAAGAUGGAGAUUCCAGGCCCGAUGCCCCCCCUGAUCCGAGAGAUGCUGGAGAACCCUGAAAUGUUUGAGGACGACUCCUCGAAGCCUGGCCCCCAACCCAAGGCUUCCAGUGAGGAUGAAGCUCCAGGCGGCCGGGGCAAAGGGGGCCAAAGUCCCCCACCUGACCAGGGCCCCUGACCUACCCCACUGUGGGGCUGGGCUCCAGGCAGCAGACUGACCAUUCCCCAGACGCCACCAGUGACUGGGGGAGGACCUGCCCUGCCCACUCCCCACCUUUCCGAUGAGCUCAUUGUUUUGCCAAAGUUUCUAGGGGUGCCUGUGUUCAUCCCUGUCCUGUUCUAACUGGCUCCCUCUACAGUCCUGGAGGACUGCCUUGCACCUCCCAGAAGAACCGGAGAAGGGGUGAGCCUGGGUCUGGACUCUAAAAAAUCUCAGCACUGCCUUUCAGAUUCAGGCUACAGGCUCCCCAGGCAAGAGGAAGCCCUGCCUUCCCACAGCCCCUUCCUCUGCCAGGUGCUUGGGCCUCUGGGAGCAAACAGGAACACUAGAGACCAAAAGGGGAGCCCUCAAGGAGGGCUGAGCCCACCCUUGUGCCCUGCCCUGGGUGCCCAAUGCUGUGUGAUGCACCUGCCAUGCACCCUGCCCCCGUGGCCCCAUGCCCCUGCCAGGUGUAGGGCAGGCUGGACCCUGCAUUUCUGGGGUGGGGCCUGAGGGUGAAGGGAGAAGUGUAAGCCCUUUCUGGACCUCUCCGCUGAGGUACAGCACUCGUCCUGGGCCCUCCAUUUUACAAGCCCCUCCCUUAGCCCCGUCUUGUGCCUUGGCCUCCUGCCCCCAUCUCAGCCACCAGGCAGGGACCCUCCUACACUACAGAGGGGCCAGGGAUCCCUCUCCUAGUGCCUUCUACCCGUGACCCCUCAGAGCAGCUUGGCCCAGGGAGGGGAGAUGCUGCUUAGCUGAUCCCACCCUGACCCAGAGGAAGCCUCUAUUUAUUUAUUAGCUUUUGUUUACACCCUGGAAUGACCCCUUCCUCCGGGGGUCUUGGGAGGGGGAGCCCAGGGCCUCCGUGACCCCUCCCUUCUUCCCCCCAAGCCCCCCCUUUGUAUUUAGCUGCCAAAUAAGAUUCCUGCAGGCUCCCCCUUUUCUCUGGGGGGUCAGGGUGCUGUCCCCUCCCCUCUGUUUACAUCUCCCCUCCCACCCCCACUGUAUCGCAUAUU